UAGCCAUUCAUGUGGGUCAUUCUGACAUGACAAGAAGCCGAUAACAGAACAAGAACUUACCUUUUGAGAUUGUUCCAUUUAACUAGGGCUCAAGCUGAAGAUGGCUUUAGCUCUGGGAUGGUACGGUCCCCUUAUAGAUCUCUCGGAGGCAUCUUCUCACAUCGGUGAUUUUGUUCAGCUUCUCCUCUUCGUUCAUCGCUCCGCUCCGUUUCAGUGGAGGUCGUCGAAAGGAAGGUCCAUAAUCAGGACAGACAUUCAAGUCGGGGAUGAUACGAGGCAGUAUUUUGGAGUAUCUGUUUGGCAGAAGAGCAUGGGAUCCAUGAUAUCAGUGGGAGAUGUUAUACUGUUACAAAAUGUGAAGAUCGUAAAAUUUGGAGAUAUUGUUGAGGCCAGAACUGUUCAAUGGUCGUCGCUGCUUUGUUUGAUCCACCCUUACGAGUUACUUAUCUCAAAAGAUAUAGAAGAGUUGGUGGCAGGCUGUCGCGUUGGGAUAACUAGUAAGGACAAACUUAGGAAGGUCAUAAAGUGGGUGCAGCAGUCUAAGCCUAACAUAUGUAACAUAAGCUCCUGUCAACGAACAGGGCAUCUGCCUAAAAACUGGAAAGUGCUGGAAGAGCGAAUGCCUACAGACUGUUUUUCACUUUCAGAAGUAUCUCAGCUAACAUCAUCUUGUAACGCUGUAGUUAGUGCAUUUAUCGGUGAAAUUUUUCUACAAGUGAACACAAUGGAUCUUAGUGAUAUCCAGAAAGGGAAAAUUUUCCUUAGCAUAAGAGUCCACAAAACUGGGGAUAACUUGGUGGAAGAUCUCAUAUGCACUGGUUGUCAGUUAUGUGGUUCACCCAUGGGUACAGAGUAUGAUCAAAAUGUUAUUCCACUAAGUUGUUCAAAAAGCUCAAGCCGUCUUCAUGCAGUAUGUUUGAUAUACAGGCCUUUCAUGCUAUAUUUGUGGGAUGAAUCAGAUUACAUGCCAGUCCUCGUCAAGAACAGAGCUGCAGAAAUCUUGUUUGGGAACAUCAAGGCUGAAAAGGUCAGUUCAAGUUAUAGACAACAAAUGCUUGAUAAACAACCUAAAAGAGGUGAAUACAAGGGUAAAGAUCCUACUGUCAGAUUGGAAAAUAACCUGAAUGGUUCUGUGAAAGGACUUUCCAGUUCUUGUCCAUCAAAUGCUGAGAAAGGCUUACGAGUGGAAGGAAGGCAUCGCGAUGUUGUAAACUUCAACUCUUAUCAUAUCUGGUUAAUUUUUCUAAAAUUGCUGCUUCAACAAGGAAAGAACAUGCCUCUGAAAUUUGAGAUUGCUGUCGAUUCCAGUUUAGAUACAGAACAUGGGAAGUUCGAAAUGAUUUCUGCAUCAAUGCCUUGCAACAGAACUAUGUAAAUACCCUGUAUCAACUUUUGCUUGCUCAAUUUUGCAACUUCUUACAAAUUUAGUUUAAAAGGUUUGUAAGGCAAAAUUUUUUCAUCAAUUAAAAUCUGCUUCUUCA